AUGCAUAACGACUUCGCAUUUUCCGUCAAUAAUUAUGUGCCUGACCCCAACGUCAAAAUGAUGCUUCCUUACCGGAGUCCGUCGGUAUCGACGCCGGUCAUGCAGACCCUCUCCCCGGAGCAGACUCCUCCCGCCGGCGACACUAGCCCCUCUGAUACCAGCAGCGUCUCAAAAUACGAUGCCGACCCUGUUAAGCCGACUGCAAUUCAUAUGCAGACGGUUUUCUCUUCGCAGACCGGAGAAGCUCAUCCUUCGCAGCAACAUUCGGCCCAAGUAUGGGAAAGUCACAAGGCCGAAAUAAGACGAUUAUACCUCGAUGAGAAUAGACCCCUAAAGGAAGUCAUGGCGAUAAUGCGCCAGAAAGGUUUCAGAGCGACUGUGAGGAUGUAUAAGUCGCGCUUUGACAAGUGGGGGUUUAGCAAGAACAAUAGCAAAAAGGAUGUCGUGGCAAUGCUUCAGGUUCAGCGCCAACGAAAUGCCGUCGGCAAGCGUACGGCAUUUCAUCGCAACGGGAAGGAGGUUGCAAUCGAUGCUUACCUCAAGCGAAAAGGAAUUUCCCAAUACGAUCUCGUUGAACCCGGCUUGGCUGAGAAGCUUCCCGAGAACCUACGAUGUCUUACACCACCCCCCGAAAGCCCCAAGCCUAUCCAAGCCCCAGGCAAUCUUUCAUUACAGGAGCUUGUCUUGCAAUGCGCGAGGGAUCUGGCCUGGAAUUGGUAUUGUCCACCUGAUACUCCGCUGGUCGCGUGCGCGGCACAUUAUCGUGGCGACGAAGUACGUUGCGCCAUUACGGACAUCACCAAUGCGGACUGGCUGUUCUCCGUCGGACACUACGAGAGAGGAGGCGCAAUGUGCGAAGCGGGUUUUAAGUCCUUGCAUUUGAUGUUCAAAAAGCCGUCGAUAUAUGGGCUGUUGCACUUGUUAAUAACUGUGCUCGAUGCUUCAAACAAGGGGAUCGUCAAGGAAGUGUGGAGGUAUCUCGCUGCAUAUUCAGCAACCAUUCGAACAGAUGGCCCCUUAGCACGACUCUUCCAGGGAAUAUGGAAAUAUAUGAGCACUCACGACUACGAAGAGUACUGGGACUUCGUUUUCGAGUGCACUGAAAAGUUACUAUUGAUCGAGGAACAGCAUUCGGGUCUCCCAGCGGAUACAUUAGCAAGGCUGUACCCUAUAUUGUUUAUUCCGCGGGCGUACCAGUACCGAUCCCAACCUUAUCGCCGUCUUCAAAGCCGUUGUGAUUUCAGGAAACUAGUCCAGGGACCUAUGCCGACAGCUAUAGAAGAACUCACCGUUUUCCAAUCGACCGAACUGUUGAUUCUAGGAAACCAGACGCUGUGGCAAAGCGAGCGCGUUUUCCAACUUGCCAAUACGGUUCUUGAGAAUACGAAGAGCAUCGCAUACAACACUGAAUUCUUUGUCUAUAUCGCAAUUACCUCGCUAGCACAUUACCACAGGCAUCAAUAUUUCCUAGCCGAGGAUCCGAUUGCCAAGGCAUCAAAUCACCAGCUUUCAGUGCACUACUUGGAGCAGAUCGUGUCGGUCAUGGAGGGCAAAUGGGAUCCCGACAUGGGAUAUCUGCUUGGUGAAUUAGAGCGGCUGGAGCAUUGGCAUAGGGAAGCUGGUGAUACCGUCCAAGCGGAUAUCGCGCAUGCCAGGUGGAGAAACGCUCUCGAGGCGAUACCGAAAGAGUUCGAUAGGGGAAAGAAGGGCAUAUUGCAUUAA